CUGGCGCCUCUGCCGCGGGAACUGGCGGAGCGCCGCUUUCCCGGCGGGUGAGACGGGAGCGGCUGCGCCGAUUGCGCUCCCUCGCGGGGCACCGGGCUCGGGGCUGCCGGAGGAAGGAGGCGCUGGGGGCCACCUAGGUCUCGCUUCUAAAACACAGUCUCCAGAAUCUUCCAAAGAAGAGAACAGAAAGAAACCAGUUUUGGGAAAGCUUGGAAAUUUGUUUAGUACAGGGAGGAGAAAAAAUGCCAAAAAUUCACUAGAACCCUCUAAAAGUCCAAAUAUUGAAAGUGGGAAAUCAGUUUCACUUUAUAAGGAUACAGCUUCACUCAAAUCAACAGAUAGUGAAGACCUAAAGAAAGAAGAAUGUACAAUUCCCCAAGUGCAGGAGGCAAGAAGAUGGAAUGCUCUUGCAGAGACACAAGAAUAUUGUGAGAAAAUAACACCUUUGAGUCACAGUAUUAUUACAGCAUGGAGCAGCAAGGAAGGCUUUUCUGAUAUCGAGUGGUCACCUGAUUGGAACAGUAGCACUGGAACAAUAAAAAACACAUUCUCUGAAAGUGACCUUACAGUGGAGACAUUGGAACUAAAAGAAGAGCCUGUUGUAGACAUUACUAAUUCUACAACACCGGAUUUCAUCAGAAGUUUGAAUAAUUUAUCUAGUGAAGACUUAGAAAAUAACAUAUUAAAUAAUAAACAACUAGUGAAUGUGCAAAGGUCUUCACAACCUGAGUGUGCAGCGUCAAAGGAAUUGCCACACAGUUUGAAAUCCAAAACAGCUGAGCACAUACAUCCUGCUAGAGUUCUAACAUUAGAUAUCUAUCUUAGUAAAACAGAAGAAACACCUUUUAAUGAAUCUGUGACUUUUCUAUCAGGAGAAGUUUGGGGUGAAACAGACACAAUGGAUAAAAAAUCUGUUACUAGGAGAUCUGGAAAGAGGAGGAAAUCUCAGUCAUCGAGUGAGACUCUAAAUGGAGAGAGAAAUCAGACUGAGAAUACUGCAAAAAAAGAUUCUGCUUUUGGUGAUGUUCCUUCUGAUGUGGUUUCAGAAAAGAUAACCAAUUCAGAAAGAAAAAUUAAAUCUCCUCAACAGACUCCUGAACGGAACUCUUCUACCUUGAGUAACCAGGACUUAAAAGUCGGAUCUAACCACAAAGGGCUGCCUAAAACUGAAUCUGAGAAAAGCAAACAGCAGCUCCCAACUUCAUCCCCUUUCAGGAGAAGAUCAUUUAAAAAGAAUCCGUCUGAUGCAGUCCCUCUUUCUCCCACUGGUUUGAAGAGUCCACUAAAAGAUUCUUUACCAAAAAAGCAGUUUAUACAGCCUAUGGCAGCAACAGAAGGUAACCCAACAACAAAAAGUACUUCAGUGGAAAAGGGAGCAGUAUCUGCACCUUCUAGUGAAAGCAAAGCAGAGACCUCCAAAGUUUCCUCUCUCAAUGACACAGAGAACACCACUUCUUUACUUUCUGAAAGUAAAACUGAAUCCAAGACGGCAAAACGUGUAAAUAGCUCUGAUGGAAAAGCUGUCUUGCUUACUGAAGGGAUUCAGAAUGGAGAACUAGGCAAAUCCACCGAAAAACCAGCAAGUUCCGAUUUAAACAGCACAAAGCUGAGAAAUUUAUGUUUGGAUGUUUCCAGAUCUACAGUUACAACAAAAAUUAGCCUUCCUGCCAAACCCAAGAAUGUAGAACUGAAUUUUAAAGCUCCUAAAAGUCUUGAAGACCUAGAAAGUGAUCACGAUUCUCUUGAAAAGCCAGUUAAUAAAAUUAACAGCAGCAUUGCCAACAAAAUUUCCUUGUUUGAAAAUAAACGUGCUAAUCAGUGCCAGCGACCCUCUGAUGUCCCUGCUUUGAAAAAUAACACUGUAUCAAAUACAUUUGUUGGUAGAGCAAAGCUGAAAUUUGGAAAACAACCCCAGGAAUAUGAACAAACUGAUAAAAUAAUUAAUAAGCAAAACAAUCACCUGAAGUUACCUGAAAAUGUGCCACGGGUGAAAGAAGGCUCAGCAGAAAUAAAGACCAAACCUGAAGAAGGCUCUCAAGUAGGAACGUCCGUUAAUGAGGAGGUUGAAAAGGCAGCAGAACUGAAGAAAGGAAAAGUUGCAGGAUCGCUGUUUAACCAAACAAGCAAAGCAGAUGCUAAUGCUUGCUCUUUAAGACAAGCUGAUGUAGAAGCUACCGCUAUUAAUAAAGACAGUUUGUUACCUAUAACAUCUUUACAAGAUGCCAACAAAAAUGAAACCUUAAAAGAAAAUGCUAAUAGAGCAAUUAAUGCAAGCUCAAAAUUCCACCACAGAGAAGAAAAAAUACUGUUAUCAAACAGAGAGAUCUCAUCUCCUUGUAAAGAUGAUAAAUGUCCCCUAAAAUCUGAUGUAGUUUCCAAAGAAUCCGAAUUAGAGGAGAAUGUGCUUUUUCAGAUACAAAAUGAAGGCAAAAAGACAGAAACAGGAGAGCCAAUUUCUACAAACAUGCAGUGUAACAAAGGCAAUUUAGAAAACAUACGGACAUUAGAGCAAAAUAUUAUCAAUAUACAGCAAAGCCCAAGUAACACUGGUAAUAUUUCUCCUGGUAAAGAUGAGAGUAUUUCUGAUUCCCCUUCUGACAUGAAAAAGUUUACAGAAACUAUCAAAAAUCUAGACAGCUCAGUUUGCAUACCCCAGAAGAAGAAAAGGCCAAAGCUUCCAAAUUUCCCUGCACCCCAUUUUGCAAUGCCUCCAAUUCAUGAAGACAACUUAGAGAAAGUAUUUGAUCCCAGUGUAUUUACAUUGGGUUUGGGAAUAAAGAGAGGAAAAACACAAGAUCUAGCACCAGCCCUACAACUUAAAAUGCAGAACCGGGAUAGUACAGAUGGUGAAAUUAAGAGGUCCCGUCUGGAAAAAAGCGCUGUCUUCUCAAGCUUGCUGUCAUCUACAGCUAAAGGAAAGGUGUUUACUCCCUCUGUAACCUCAGUAAAUACUAUUACAACAACUUUCUCAACUGACUCCUCAGAGAUGCCUGCUUUACCACUUGAUGCAGUCAGACCAUUUGACAUGCCUCAAAACUCUGAGUCUCUUUCAGGUUUAAAAGUUCCAAAUUACAUGGAAAAAUAUUUGCAAACAGAUGAUGCAAAAGAAGCACUAAAUUCACAAAUGCCAAACUAUGGAAGCACUGGCAAAAAUUUCUCAAGCUGGUUAAAGUCUAGCUCAUGUGAACCAAAUAUCCCUUCUGGCUUUCUAGACGGAGAGGCAUUUUCAGGAAACAGCCAAAAUAAAAUCAAUCCCAGACCUGGCAAGAUGGUGAUAUAUAGUGAAUCAAACUCUCACAAGAAUGGUAUAGAAGUUUUUAAUGAUGUUUUGGAUUGCAGCUCUUGGGUGCUGUCAUCAGUGAUUUUAGUUAAAGUCAUCCGAGGAUGCUGGAUUCUAUAUGAGAAACCAAAUUUUGAAGGACCCUCUAUUCCUCUGGAGGAAGGAGAACUGGAACUCGAUAAUAUUUGGGGUGAAAAUACUUCUGAAGAGAAAGAUGAAUAUAACUCUAAGUCUGCAGUGAUUGGUUCAAUUAAACAUGUAGUAAAGGAUUACAGGGUUUGCCAAAUUGACCUGUUUACAGGACCAGAAGGGCUGGGAACUGUAACUUCAUUUUUUGAUGACACUGAGGAAACCGGUAUAUUUGGCACAACACAGAAGACUUGUUCUAUAAAAGUACAUUGGGGCAUAUGGCUGAUUUUUGAAGAACCUGGUUUCCAGGGAAUUCCUUUAAUGUUGGAGCCUGGUGAAUAUCCUAACUUAGCAUUUUGGGAGAAGAAGGAAGCAUACAUUAGGUCCCUGAGACCCUUGAAAAUGGGUGGCCGCAAAGUUGAAUCCAUUGAAGAGCCAAAGGUAAUCAUUUACGAAAAACCUUUCUUUGAAGGGAAACACAUGAAACUGGAAUCAGAAAUACUCACUCUUAUUGAGGAAGAAAAGCAAAAAGAAGAAUCUGGAGAAAAUAAGACACUGCCACUUAGAUCAGUGGGGUCCAUAAAAGUGUUGGAAGGAAUUUGGGUUGCUUACGAGAAACCAGGAUUUGCAGGUCAUCAGUAUUUGCUGGAAGAAGGCGCGUACCAGGAAUGGAAAGACUGGGGUGGUUACAGUGAAGAGCUUCAGUCGCUGAGACCUAUUCUAGGUGAUUUCACAAACCCCCACAUGAUAAUGUACAGUGAAAAAGACUUCGGGACUAAAGGUUCCAAUAUUAAUGUGUUAGGAAUUAUUUCCAAUUUGAGAGACACUGGAUAUGGACUGAGGACACAAUCCAUACAUGUUUUAAGUGGAGUGUGGGUAGUCUAUGAGAAUCCUGACUUUACAGGAGAGCAGUACAUCCUUGAUAAAGGACUGUAUCCCAGCAUUGAGGCCUGGGGAGGCAAGAAUAGUAAGAUCUCUUCAGUUCAGCCCAUAGUUGCGGAUACCAUCAAUAGCCAAAUGGGGAAAUUCAAGGUCCAGCUAUUUUCAGAGCCAGAAUUCAAAGGUAACAGCCAAAUAUUUGAGAAAAAUACCAAUUAUAUUGACGAUUCAUUUGCUACAAAGUCUUCAAAAGUUUUGGGCGGCAGUUGGAUUGCAUAUGAUAAAGAAGAUUUCUCUGGUAAUCAGUAUGUGUUAGAAGAAGGAACCUAUUCUAAUCUGACUGCAAUGGGAUGUCCACCCCAAACAAGACUUAAAUCUCUACAUGUUAUAAACAUUGAGCUUUCUGAGCCAAGCAUAGCCCUCUUUGAAAAGGAAGGUUUCAAGGGGAAGAAAAUGGAGUUUACUACAGAAGUCUUAAAUCUCCAGUUCCUAGGAUACAAUCCUCGAAUAGCUUCUGUCCAAGUUUUUGGUGGCAUGUGGAUAAUCUAUGAAUACAGUAAUUACAGAGGGCGUCAGAUGUUAUUGUCACCAAAUGAAAUCCCAGACUGGUGUAAAUUAAGUGGCUGUCAUAAGAUAGGUUCUCUACGACCUUUAUUACAGAAACGUGUGUACUUCAGACUUCGAAACAAGGAAACUGGAAAGUUCAUGUCAGCUGAUGGAAAUGUGGAUGAUUUGAGUCUUCUCAGAAUACAGGUUACAGAAGAUAGUAGAUCAGAUGACCAGAUCUGGGUUUAUCAAGACGGAUUCAUCAAAUGCAGGAUGACUGAGGAUUGCUGCUUGACAAUUGUAGGAAACCUUAUAACUCCUGGCUCUAAGCUAGGCCUAUCACUCGAGGAGAAUGAAGACAAGCAAUAUUGGUGUGUUAAUCCUGAUGGCAGGAUCCAUAGCAAAAUGAAGCCAACAUUAGUUUUAGAUAUCAAAGGGGGCACGCAAUACGAUCAAAAUCAUGUUGUUGUUAAUGCGGUCAAUGAACAGAAGCCAACCCAGUGUUGGGAAGCAUUAGUUCUGUAAAUCCAGACAGUUCCGUCCAUCUGAGAGAAAUUAUAACAACACUCUGGACAAUCCAACUAAUGUGGCCGUCUUUGAAGAAGAGAGAGAAUCUCCAUCCUGCCUUCACAAUAAUUGUAAGAACAAGCGACAGGGUAGAUUCAGCUCUAAGCAUUAAUUCUAUAAGUUUGUGUGUUUUAUUGGAUGUUAGCCCACAACGAUGUUGACCAAUUUUUGUAACUGCUCCCGACUGUUUGUUUGUUACUAAUUUUUUAAAUGUUAAGGUCCUCCUUCCAAGCAGCAAUUUCAUGUCAGUGAUGAAUUGCUAAUCCGGACUAUAUUAAGUGAGUGUAAUUUUAAAUUAUUUCUACAGACGUUUUUAUCAGGAAAAAAGUUUUAACUAUUAUACUGAGAGAUAAUUAGAUAAAACAUCACAAAAGAUUGAAGUGCAACAUAUAUGGGGGGGGGGUAUGCAAAAUAGAUUGAUCUUUGUAGUAGUAUAUUGGAGUAUUCAUCUCCUGAAAAUUAACAUGUAAAUAAGCAUUAGUACAAAAAAGAACUUCAGUCUACUGAAAUUUGUUUAGAAGAAUUUUUACCAAAAAAUGACUACAAGGUAUGUGCAGAUGUAUUUUAGUAAGUUGUUAUUUUAAAGCCUGUAUUUUAAUAAGCAAUCUAUUUUUCUAGUUUUUCUAUUAGAAAGACAGAGAAUACAAAUCUAUAGAUGUUUGUUAGCAAAAGUGUUGGGCAGCAAGAAGGGUGUGUCAGCUAUGAAGAAUUUGCCCAUUUUCUGUCUGCUUCUACUUUAAAAGGCUGCCUUACUCUUUACAAAUUAAAAGUAUUAUCUACUUCUCUGCUUGGGGCAAAUACUUCAAACCUAGAAGUAGCUCCAUUAAGUGCAGUCAUUACUACUCUCAGAAUGUAAUUUAAAAUACUUCUCUCUCCUUUAUUUUAAAAAAGCAUCACUAGUCAGUGGUUCCAAAACUCUCCAGACGUUGUCCCAGCUACUGUCUGCCACUUGCCAUAGUUAAUUACGUUUGAACCCACUAUGAUCUUCGUAUGCUCCAAACAUCUUGGGUGAAGUUGAGGAGGGCAAGGUCAAUGGUCUUUUAUCCUCUUUAAUGUCCCACAAUGGUCUGUCUGGUGUCAAUGCGCCUUCCCUGUUGGGCAGGACGUAACACCUUCUGCUGGAGAUCAGCACUUCACACUAGUUACCGUCUCUCUCCAGUCUGAUGAUUUACACGGUCACAGAGGCUCACAAUACAACUGCUCAAAUAGUACCUUACAAUGUGGAAUACAGAUGUUAUGUCAGACUAAUGCAGAGAGCAACUCACAAGUAUUCAGUAAAGUCUAAGCACUAAACACAUUCUUAUAACCCUAUGUGACAGGGUCGGACCAGAUGGCUACAGGAAACUAAUCCUAUUGGGAUCCGGGAAGUGGGCGGGCGAAGCCAGGCUGUCACAGCAACCCUAGUGCAGCAAUGCACUGGAGUCUAGGACAAAAGCUCAUUGUUGAGGUAGGAAAGAAAACUUGGAGACACUCAUACCACAAUAAGUGCCAUACAAGAACUUACAUACAUUACCAGUCAAGCAAGUUUGAAGUUCCAUGCAUACUUUAGGAUAGGAACCACACCUUAGCAAAGAGCGGCAUGUGAAAUAACUUGUAGCAGGUUGUUCUUGUGCAUUAAUGGUUUACUGUCUCCCUUGGCCCAAUGUUAAAAUUGUGGUUUUAUUUUAUGUCACUGGCAGAACAGUGAAUGUAAACUCUUGUACCAUGCUGCUGUAUUUCAUUCUUGCCUAGACCAGUGUUAUUACAAACCACUCCUAGCAG